UUCUCGUUGAAACCACUCACUGCUGUCAACAUGGAGAGUCUGCUCCGCGCCGUGGCCAUGCUGGCCGUGUUGUUCUUGGGGUUGUUUCAGCAGGGAGCUGUUGUGGCCGACUGGCCGUACACAUCUGUGCUGACUGUGACAAACGGACAGCGGUGGGGAACAUGGAGGGGGCCCGAGAUGUGUCCUGACCAGUACUUUGCAGUUGGCUUCAGCACCAGGGUGGAGGCCAAACAGAGCGGAGGUGACGACACGGCCCUGAACGGGAUCCGUCUCAUCUGCACCUUAUACGGGCACCGGACGCACAUUGUGGAGUCUCACCCUGGCUUCUGGGGCGAAUGGUCCAACCCUCAGUACUGCCCGGGUGGCGUGCUCACCUCUUUCCAGCUCCGCGUGGCGACCCUUCGGGGCAUUUUUGCUGACGACACCGCCGUCAACAACAUCAAGUUCCGCUGCAGCAACGGCCAUGAGCUGGAGGGCAGCGGCCUGGACUGGGGGGGGUACGGCAGGUGGAGCCAGGAUUGUGGCCAUGGAGGAAUCUGCGGCAUCGAGACCAAGAUGGAGGCCCGACAGGGGAAAGGGGACGACACCGCCCUCAACGACGUGCGCUUCAUUUGCUGUGGCAGAUCCCAGAAGUGAUUGACAGGUGAUCAGUAUGGUCCGUCCCUCCUCCCUUACCCUUAAUUAAACAAUGACAAAUAAUAAAGUGCUCAUUUGAA